AUGGAACAAUUGAUAAAGACGUGGAACAUAGAACCACCACAGGAUGGCUUAAUCCAUUUAACAGGUAUUACGUGUGACGAUAAAAUACUACUGAGGGUGAAAGGCAAAAUCGUCCUCGUGGCCGCGCUCGUCUCCAUGGUAUCAGCCAAGCCAGCUCUGGUCGCCGCUCCUCUGGUGGCCGCCCCAGCUCCUAUUGUGACAGCCAGCAGCUCUCAGUACUUCCACCGCAUUAACAAUGGUCUCGCUGCCUACGUCGCUGCCCCUGCCGCCUACGUCGCAUCAGCUCCCUAUGUAGCUGCCUCCUCUCCUUAUAUCGCCGCGUCACCUUAUGUAGCAUCUCCCUAUGUCGCGUCUCCCUACGUCGCUUCCCCUGCUGUUGUUGCUGUCUAA